UUUCACAUGCCGAAACCCUAGAACUUGGUUAGAAGAAGCAUAGAACCUCGAAAAAUCACUUGACUGCAACCCUUUAACUAUGACAUUCAAGCGUAGGAAUGGUGGCCGCAACAAACAUGGCCGUGGCCAUGUCAAGUUCAUCCGCUGCUCUAACUGUGGCAAAUGUUGCCCUAAGGACAAGUCAAUCAAGAGGUUUCUUGUGAGGAACAUUGUGGAGCAAGCUGCUGUCAGGGAUGUCCAGGAAGCCUGCGUCUAUGAUUCGUACACUUUGCCCAAGCUGUAUGUGAAGAUGCAAUACUGUGUUUCAUGUGCGAUCCAUUCCCACGUCGUGAGGGUCCGGUCCCGAACUGACAGGAGGAACCGUGAGCCACCUCAGCGCUUCAUCAGACGCAGGGAUGAUAAGCCAAAGCCUGGCCAGGCUCCUCGUCCUGGAGUUGGCGUUCCUGCUCGUGCAUAAGGCUCUUGAAAUUCAAGAUGAACUUCUAUUUUUUAUUUUGCUUUAAGAUAUGGCUGCUUGAAUUUUGAGUACUUGGAUAUUGCAACAUUCAGAAGCUCCGAGUGGUUGGGAAUACUAGUUGGAAAAUUGGAAUCUCAUAAUUUGUGUUCAGUUGCAUACGGUUAUCCAAAGUAAACAUCUU